CUGUUAAGUCUAUAAACCAUUUUACAAGCAAUGGGGGCAUCGGGACGAUAUUAGAAGAGGUUUUUCCUCAAACACAAGGAUGCAGGGUGUCCGUGUUUGUGUUAGGGGGAAAUUGUCCCUUUUUUUGUGCUGCUAGUAUUGUUGCAACGCCCUGUAGCCUUUACGCACGUGAGAAACAAAAAAAAAGGAUAAUUUGUUUUCAUUUUAGCGCAGGUUUUCUCCCUGCAGUCACAUCUGAUAAGGCUUUUUAUUAUUUGUGGAAUGAAAAGCUAAAUUAAACCUGACGAAAAAAAGCAGAGAGCAUGGGGCAGGAUUGAUUUACUCGCUGUAUUGGUAAAUAUGACCACGUGAUCCAUGUAACCAAUCCCUGUAGAUGCAGGCCAAGCAAAAAUACUAUGAUUGUUCAUAGAGGGAAGCUUCUCGUAACAGUGCAAGCCUUAUUAUAAGAGUAGGAAGAGAUGAAAAAUGUCUUCCAGUGGCACUCUCAGUAACUGCUAUGUGGACGCGUUAAUGGGGCAGGAGCCGGAGGAUGUGUACGGUGCCCGCUUUCUUCAGCCUCCACACAUGGUGACCCCGAGGCCGUCAGGUGCCGGGGACAACGCAGACUUCUCCUCCUGCAAUUUUGCACCAAAAUCGGCCGUUUUCUCCUCCUCUUGGUCCUCGGUUCACCCGCAGGGGAUUUAUCAUCCGUAUGUGCACCACCACCACCACCACCAGUCCCACCUCCCCGCCUCGGACGGCAGAUAUGUCGGCGUCCGCUCCUGGAUGGACCCUAUCGCCAACCACGUUUCUUUUUCCGGAUUUCACUCCAGCAGUCGCUCAUACGGGACAAAACCAAACAUCUUGCCACCGAAAUCGACCGAGUGUGACUCUUUGGAGGCAGAAUCUCGUCCGCAGAGUGGCGAAUUCACGCACGGAGGAGUAUCGGAGUGUCCAGAAAAGUCGAGCAAAGAGCACAGUGGAAGUGAGCUUUCGAGCCACAGCGAGUCCAAAGAGGAGAAACAACAACAACUUGACCCAAACAACCCUGCAGCAAACUGGAUCCAUGCGCGCUCCACGAGAAAGAAGCGCUGCCCGUACACCAAAUAUCAGACUUUAGAGCUGGAGAAGGAGUUCCUCUACAACAUGUAUCUGACCAGAGACCGACGCUACGAAGUGGCCCGCAUUCUCAGUUUAACCGAGAGACAAGUGAAGAUCUGGUUCCAGAACAGGAGGAUGAAGAUGAAGAAGAUGAACAGAGAGAGAGGCAGCAAGGAUCACUUGUGAAAUCUCUCCUGCGUUUGAAGCCAUCUGGACAAUUACAUUCUUUUUGGUAGGAACCACGGUAGUCAUUUUUUAUUUUAUUUGACACUCCAUAAUUUUGCGUGUCAGAGUCAUUACUUGUUGACUAAAUACACACAGUCUGCCAACAAACCAUUUGAAUCUGUUUUCUAACUUUACAGAACCACACCCCGGGAUGUUCAAGCGGUUUGUCAUUCUUUUUUAAACAUUACGCAUAGUAGGAAACGUGUCUGUGUAGACUUUUGCUUUUUAUAUUUGGUAAGAAUUCUAUAUAAAACAUUUUCAAAACUAAAUCUUUGACUUUUCUCUCUGUCGGUACGUCAAUGACCCAUCACUCAGAUUUGAUGGACUAUAAUGUGUGAUGGAAGAAGGCGUGUGUUUACACAUAAAACAUGAGUAUCAGUUUUAGCUUUAAAUGCAUAUGUUUUCCCAAAACGCUUUAAACCUUCGUUUUUUUGCUGAUAGGCUAUAUAGGUGGACAUUUUUUUUUGGUCAUGAGUAGCCUAUCUUUAAAAUCAACGCCUUACUUUCAGGAAAACUGCCUCCGCAGCCACAACAUACAAAAAUACAAAGCAACACAAAACUGAUCCAAUAAUGUUCCUUUUACAGCUGAAUUCUCUUAUUUAACAAUAUAAUUUGAGGCCAGAACAAGCAUUUUAAAUGUAAAUGUGGUCAUAGAAAGGAAACUGUAUGUUGAAUUUAACUUUUAAAAAACAGCUGAUCUGAAACGUAGAGGAACAUGUAAUAAAGUGUUUACGAUUGGGAGAGGUGUUGCGGCGGAUUCCCAAUUUAUUGUCCAACUUGUACGCAUAAUGACUUUAAAACAGGAAGAACCUUGGUCCAAUAAAGCU